UUUUAUCUGGUAAACUGAAUGCAUAACCCUGUGUUCACCUUUAAUAAAUCCAUGCUUAGUUUGAAAUGAAGGAAGUGAUAUUAGCUAUUGUAACCUGCGUAUGUAGUGUAUUUCUAGUCUUUGUUUUUGUAUUGUUUUGUUGGUAUAUUGUGUGGAAGUGCUGCUUGUCGAAGUUCCGUUUUGUUCGGGAACUGUUAGGGGGUAUGUCAGAUACCCCUCCAGCAUCAGAGACUAGGCAGCCUAAAGCUAGGAAAACUAGAAAAGACUAACUUACUGUUAUCCAACUAAAACUAAGGUCAAGAUGAAUAUCCGCUGUGCUCGCCCAAGUGACUUGAUGAAUAUGCAGCAUUGCAACUUGCUUUGCUUGCCGGAGAACUAUCAGAUGAAAUAUUAUUUUUAUCAUGGAUUGUCAUGGCCGCAGCUCAGUUAUGUAGCUGAAGAUGAGAAAGGACAUAUUGUUGGAUAUGUUCUGGCCAAGAUGGAAGAGGAUGGAGAAGACAACAGACAUGGUCACAUAACAUCACUGGCUGUGAAGAGGUCUCACCGUCGCCUGGGUCUCGCUCAAAAACUUAUGAACCAGGCCUCCUUGGCUAUGGUAGAAUGCUUUCAGGCAAAAUAUGUGUCACUCCAUGUCAGAAAAAGCAACAGAGCCGCAUUGAACCUGUACACUAACUCUCUUGGCUUUAAAAUCCUGGAGAUUGAGCCUAAAUAUUAUGCUGAUGGUGAGGAUGCAUACUCCAUGAUGAGAGAUUUGAGUACAUUCUCUGCUGACAAUAAAUCUGAAAGUCAGGCUUCAGACAAUUUAGAAAUUAAGUCUGAUUCAGCUGUUAUAUCUCAAUGCUAAUCAUGAUUGUAAAUAAAAUUAUGGAAAAA